CAAUCACAAACCGGUCAGCAUCAGCUAUGCUUAUUUUUCUUGGUUUUCUUCACCACAAUCCACAAUCACGCAAUGAAGAUUCAAGAAUAACAAAGUCAUAAAACUGGGGUUAGCCAAGCCGAGCCCCAUACCAACAAAAUCAAUGGCGAUCGACCUUCCAAAUCCUAUGAAUUCCUCAAAGGUUCUUGCUGCAGUCGACAUGGGAACCAAUUCAUUUAAGAUGUUUGUCGUUCGAGCAGAACCCAGUGGCAAAUUCCUCGCAAUCGAUCGCCUUAAGGAGCCCGUCGUCCUAGGCCAGGGAAUGCUCGCCGGUGGCGGUACAAUCUCUCUCGACGCCCAACGCCGAGCCAUUACAGCGUUACAGAAAUUUGGGCAGGUCUUUCAGAGGCAGAAAGUCGACCAGACCAGGAUCGUCGCCACCUCGGCAGUAAGAGAAGCAGCCAACAGAGGUGAGUUUCUGUCUAGGGUUCGAGAGGAACUAGGAUUCGAGGUAGAUGUUUUAUCAGGGGAAGAAGAAGCUAGGCUUGUGUAUCUUGGCGUUCUUCAGUUCCUAACGGUUUAUGACAAAAAUGUUCUCACUGUUGAUAUUGGAGGGGGUUCAACUGAAUUCGUUAUAGGAAAGCAAGGGAAGGUGAUUUUUGGGACCUCGUUGAAGCUAGGCCAUGUUUCUUUGACAGAAGCAUUUAUUAGGAAUGAUAAAAUCGUAGAUAUGCAGAACCAUAUUCGCUCUGUCCUGCGCCAAUCUGGAUUGGUUGAGAAGGUUAGGGAGAUAGGUUUUGAGAUUGCCAUUGGUUCUUCAGGUACGAUCCGGUCUAUUGAGAAAGCCGUUUUCCUUGGUUAUGCUCGUGAUCUGAUGAAUGCUGUCACAUCCUUUGGGGAGUUCCGAAGGGAUUGGAAGUUCCGUAAGGAUGAAUUGCGUGAUGUAGUCAAGAGGCUGGUGAGUCCGGAUAAAGGAGGAGAAGAAGAAGAGGCGAGGAGAGUUGGGUUUUUCAAGAGACGUUCAGAAUAUAUUCUUGCUGGUGCAGUUUUGUUGUUGGAAAUAUUUGAGAUUCUUAGCAUUGAUGAGAUGGCCGUUUCUGGGUAUGCAUUGGGAGAAGGGGUUAUCGCGGAAAUUCUUUCAAGGACUUGUCAGGGCUACAAUGUCAGGGUGAAUGCGAGGUGGCGAUCAGUUGUUCACUUAGCCACAAGGUUUAACAGUGAGAAGAAGAUGAAAAUGGCUGCAUGCUGUGCAUGUAUUGCAAAGGAGAUUUUUGAAGGUCUCAGAUUAUCUGCUGAUCCUGCUGCUCAACAAUGUAUCUCUUUGGAUGAGAAAGAUCUUGAAUAUCUUGAAGCUGCAUGUUUACUCCACAAUAUUGGAAUGUUUGUUGGGAAAAAAGGAUAUCAUAAACAGUCAUACCAUAUUAUCAAGAAUGGUGAACAUCUCCAUGGUUACAAUGCUGAUGAGGUCGAGCUGAUAGCCCUCCUUGCAAGAUAUCACAGGAAGAAGUUCCCAAAAUUGGGUCAUGCUUCUCUUCAGGACUUUCCAAAGGAGGUAAAACAAAAAUUUAGAAUCCUCUGUGCAAUUAUAAGAAUUUCUGUUGCGGUACAGCAGUGCCAGUGGAUGACCUUUCAGAGGCUGGAAACUUCAAAUUCUGAUGAAGGUUUUAAACUGGGAAGUAGAGGCAAUGGUGGAGUUGCUGCAAAAAUUAUAUGAUAUUCAGGUGGACAUUCGGGAGUGCUGACAGAAGAGCAUGGAAAUGGGACAAAUCUGGCAAUUUUUCAGCUAAAUCCUUCUAUAAUGCUAUCUCAAGAUCGAAAGAUCAGAACAUUCCAGUACAGGUUGUCUGGUGUGAGAAUGUUCCCACCAAGGUGGCCUUCUUUGCUUGCCCGAAUAGACUCUUAACCUGGGACAAUUUGGUGAGAAAGGGGAUGCAGGUGGCCUCCACUAACUGUGUUUUCUGUGAGGCUCAAGAGGAAUCUGUGUAUCAUCUGCUGCUACAUUGUAGUUUUGCCCAAGAGGUUUUGUUCAAAAUCUGGAACCUGUUUGAAGUAAAAAGAUGCUGUCCGGAAUUGGUUAUGGAUUUUGUAAGAGGUUGGAGCAUAGGGGGUUUAUCCAUGAAAGGAAAACUGGCUUGGAACAUGGUGCCUGCAACUGUUUUUUGGUGUAUAUGACAGGAGAGAUGCAAGAAUUUUCAUGAACAAGAGCAGCCCUAUUGACUCGGUGUUUCAGAGAAUAGUGGGCAAAGUGAUGUCUUCGCUAUCUGUAUACAAGCUGUUCAUGGAUAGGGAUUACAACACUUUUUUGUACACGAGAAUCUAUUUUUGUAAAGCAGGGCUGCAGGGGUAUAAGUCUGCUUGGGCAGCGUUUAGUAAAGCAUAAUCUGCUUUGAUUGUAUUACAGUCUUUUUUGUCAAAUUUUCAUGGUUAUUGCAUUGGUCUGAGAUUAUUGACAGGUACUUGGCAAAAUAAUGGAUCAACCUCUACCCCCUGGUAGUGUGCAUCAGACAGUGGAGGAUGUUGAGGAAAUAUUAACACCAGAGUUGGAGU